CUUGCGGCUCCGCGUGCCUCCGAGCUCGCGGCUGUCGAGAGCUUGGCGGUUGAAAAGGAAGCGGCGAAUGUCUUGCAAGCGCUUGUUUCGGUAAGGCCGUCGUCUGGUCGUUUGCACACAAUACUGUUUGCUCGGUCGCUGGUCGCCGGAGCGACUGCUGGCGGUGGAGAACGGGAACCAGAAGAUGUUGACACGACCUCUGUCCAGGGAAUAAUCAGAAAUGCUGACAACUCCGCGAUCAGCGACGCACGCUAUGUUCUGCAACAUGUCGGCCAAAUUCGUUGGCAACUGAAGAGCCUUUCAAUUGUUCUUGCCACCGCUGCUCUCACGGAGAUGCGCCAAAGCUGUAGCACAAGCAAUGCUGAAUCUCCGGAUUUCAGUUACAGUGCCGCCGAGAACGAGAUCAAAAGGGCCCUGGCUGCAUCUUCGAGCAAUCCAAGUUCACGUCUUGCGUUCCAUCUUAGCGGCAUUGUUUCGCUUGCAUGCACAUCUGCCGUUGCUGCUGUGGAUCAAGCGGAGCUUCCAACACUCCAACUCGCAGCAGUACUCCUCCUGUCGAACCUUGUUGCAUGUUUUCGCGGAGUUCAGGACCCGCAGGAACCUGAUGCGGCUAUGCUGGAUCAAUUCACUACGCAGAUCUUGUCUUCCGUAAAGCACUCUCUAGGCGACCCCGAAGAUAUCUCAGACGAGGCAUCCUAUCGAUUGUUCUACGGAGGCUGCGAGGCAAUCGAAACAAUCGUAGAGAGCGAGUUGACGAAAGAUCCGAUGGCAAUCAAACGUAUCAUUCGCCCCACAAUUCCUCUAGGAAAGGACACUCCUUUCUUUGAAUAUGGGAAGUCGUUCCCUGACGACGGCGAAGAAUCUGAGAACUCGACCAAUCUAGUAAAAAUCGGUCGAGUUUGGACAGCUGGAAUGCUCCUUUCCGAGAGAUGCCAGAGCCAAACCAACAUAAGCGCAGCAAGGAAGCUUGUCGAAGACGAAGCAGGCCUCGCCGUUUACGCCGCAGCGGUCGCGUUCGAUGGGGCGCGCCUUCUUCUUGACGCUGGAGCAACACUUUGCGGUUCCGUGUCAGGUCAGGGGAAAGUGUCGCAGCAGGUUGAAACUGGGUUUUUGUUUGGUAACGUGCACGACUUGGAUGAUUCGGUAAAGGCGGCAUUGGUGACUGCGUGGUCUUCUUGUGGCUGCUUCGCUCUUAGGACGCUCGCCAAGAUGGCAGCAGAAGAAAGGGACGACGACAGGAAAGCAGCAUGUAGAACAUGGGUGCAGAAACUUGCUCCCCUGAUGUUCGAAGGGCUCAACGACUCGCUGACCGAAUUCGGAAACCAUGAUUUCUCCAAGACUUCAGGAUGGUGUGGUGGCAUUGACAGCUCGGAUGUUGCUGUCAACUGCAUGUAUAGUCUUCGUGUCUUUGUCGAAGGAACAGAACAGGGCAUUUUGGGGGUUCCAAUCAACGUGGACCAAAUCCUCAGUCGCCUUCGGAUAUCGGUGUUGUCGCCAGCGUUGGAUCGAGCAUCGUCGGAUCUGAAGGGUGGGUUUGCCCGGUUGCCUGAGGGCCGCCAGGCCACUGUCAUCAAGGAAAUGUGUGACAUGAUCCAGCACGUUGCCGCCUCCGCAGCCAAGGCUUCAUCUUCCCUUCUCAUGUCUAUCCUGACUCCGUUGGAUCUGCUGCAACGGGGGGCAAUCGAGUUUGGACAAAGGCACGUUGAUUUGAUCGUGUCAACUUGUCUCUCGGCCGCAGGAACAUUGGUUGCGCUCUCCAAAUCAAGUGACGCCUUUGUAAAGUCCAUGACUCAAAUUGCGCUUGAAGUGCAAGAAUCGGAGAAAGGAGUGCCGGAAGGCGUGAACAGUGCUGCAAGACAGCUUCUGAAGGCCUGUCUCUCACACAAGUCUGUGGAAGCCAAGGAUCGACGCGUAGUCGCCCACGAGCUUGCCAAAAUGGGUGACUGGGAGACAUGGUGUUCUGUCUGCGCAGUAGACGAUGGUCUCACGGCAUCUGGCAGUAUGGACGUGUUGAAGAAUGUGCUGCUUGAUACACAAAACCCGGAGAAACAGCUUCAAGCCCUGGCAGCAAUUCGGCUGCUGGUUCAGAAAACAAAGCUCGUUGGACUGAUAUUCAGUGCCGUGGGCGGAGAGUUGUUGCACUUUUUCAAGAUGUAUGGUGCUCAACCAGCGGUUUCCCGAGCGAGUCAAGUCCUCCAUCUCUCCUCAUACUAA